CGCGGGGCUUGCGGGAGGCCGCCGGGAGGGGCGGGCGCGCGAGCGGAGCACGAGGAGGCGGAGGCGGGGGAGAAGUGAUGCUGGCGCCGGGGAUCCGGGCAGCGGCAGCGGAGAAUAAGCAUCUUCGGGACCCCGACUGCAGCGUCCCCGUGGCCCGCGGGCCAGCCGAACGGCCGGAGACCGCGCGUCCCGCGGGUAAGAUCUGUUAGAGACACAUCAAGGAUUGUGGAGUACAGAAGGGGACAAAGGGUUGUAUAUCAAAAAAGACUCAACUCUCAGAGGAAGACGGAAGAGUUCAUCGUAGGAUUGACGUGGAAAAGUGAUGUGGACAAACUUCGGCCAAAGAAGCAUAAGGACUAGUUUAUUGCGGAAGGAAGAUAUGGGUUUCCAUGGAGCUAUCAAUGGUGCUCAUCUCAGAUUAAAGCUGGUCACCUGUCUCCAGACACCUCAAAGUUCAUCACACAGUAGCACCUCCCUUCUUGUCUCUCCAGCCACUGAUGGAUACUGCAAUUUGGUGAACGGCAGUUUCUGGAGCGCGCCUCUCAAAUCUCUGCAGAUCAAUGGAGACCAUUCUAGAUGCUCUAUAGCUGUAGUAAGAAGAAAGCAGUGGCAGCAGGCUCGGUCCAAAAGAUUUCUGAGGAAGAUUUCUGAGGCAUGGACCUUCCAUCAGGUUUGGAAGAACGUAAAGUGAAUAUGCCGAUGCCACAGAACAGAUAAGGUCCUGGGACACCGCCAACUAACUCCUCUCUGGCAGAAUAUCUAGAUUGCUGAGUAAUAUGCUGCCUUUGCGAGAGGACAAGAAACUAGUGACCAAAACGUGUGUUCUUCAGUAUUUGGACUAGACGUGUCUCAAGACAAUGGCUUCAAAGGUCUCGUGCCUAUAUGUAUUGACCGUUGUGUGCUGGGCCAGCGCUCUCUGGUACUUGAGCAUUACGAGACCUACUUCAUCCUACACUGGCUCGAAGCCAUUCAGUCACCUAACAGUUGCCAGGAAGAACUUCACCUUUGGCAACAUAAGAACUCGACCUAUAAACCCACAUUCUUUCGAAUUUCUUAUAAAUGAGCCCAACAAAUGUGAGAAGAACAUCCCCUUCCUUGUGAUCCUCAUUAGCACCACACACAAGGAAUUUGAUGCCCGCCAGGCAAUCCGGGAGACGUGGGGGGAUGAGAACAACUUCAAAGGGAUCAAGAUAGCCACGCUUUUCCUCCUGGGCAAAAAUGCCGAUCCUGUUCUGAACCAGAUGGUGGAACAAGAGAGCCAGAUAUUCCACGACAUCAUCGUAGAGGACUUCAUUGACUCCUACCACAACCUCACCCUCAAAACCUUAAUGGGGAUGAGAUGGGUUGCCACUUUCUGUUCAAAAGCCAAGUAUGUCAUGAAAACAGACAGUGACAUUUUUGUGAACAUGGACAACCUUAUUUAUAAACUCCUGAAACCCUCUACCAAGCCGAGAAGAAGGUAUUUUACUGGUUAUGUCAUCAAUGGUGGGCCGAUCCGGGACGUCCGCAGUAAAUGGUAUAUGCCCAGGGACUUGUACCCUGACAGCAACUACCCUCCAUUCUGUUCGGGGACUGGCUAUAUCUUUUCUGCUGAUGUGGCUGAACUCAUUUACAAGACCUCACUCCAUACCAGGCUGCUUCAUCUUGAAGAUGUGUAUGUGGGACUGUGUCUUCGUAAGCUAGGCAUACAUCCUUUCCAGAACAGUGGCUUCAAUCAUUGGAAAAUGGCGUACAGUUUGUGCAGGUACCGUCGCGUCAUCACAGUCCACCAGAUCUCCCCGGAAGAAAUGCACCGAAUCUGGAAUGACAUGUCAAGCAAGAAGCAUCUCAGAUGUUAAGAUUUUUAGUCAAUGUAAAUAAGUUUCUUUUCUAAGAUGUGGGGACUAAGGUGUUGGUAUUUUGCAGGGGUCACCCAGGGAACAUGAAGUGAUAAGGGGGUUUUGUAAAGUUUUUGCUUCCUGUUUCCAGCUUCUUUCUUGGAUGAGUAAUUUACAAAUACUGACUUGGUCAUAGAAACAGUGAGUAAGUUAGAAGGGCCAGAUUUCAUUCUCAGGUCCCAAGACAUUGCCAUUUAUCUAAAAGGGUGACUUUCGAUAACUGCUAGAAUUCAUACACUGUGCAUCUGGUCAGCAAAUAGAAACUCACAGUGAGGUUUUCAUACCAUCUCCUCAAAAGUAAGUAGUAACUCUAUUUUAAAAACAAGAAUAAGCCAGAAAAGAUACACAGUCAGAAAGACACACUGGGUGUGAAUAUCAGUGCUGUGUGCUCUUGUCCAGUUGCAUUUUUACAUAUGUUGCGAUGGAAUGCAAACAGAAUGAGAGAUUCUACCAAUAAGUGAUUUUAUUCCUGGUAGAGAGACUGUGAUGAAAUAGAUGGGAAUUUAAACUUGAGAAUCAAUUAUUCUGUAUGUAUAGAAAACACCUCAGCCUGUACUUCCAAGGAUUAAAUCUGGUCAGCAGGUGAGGUAUACAUAAAAUGCUACUUUAAGUAAAAAAAUAAACUUUUUCUUUUUUCAGAACAAAGAUUACAUGAUGCCACCAAGGAGACUGCCAAAAUGUAGUACUCUCACCUGCUUCCUUCCAUAUAAUGCCUCUAAGUGCAUUUCACAGUCCUGGGAUCAGGCAGGUGUAUGUCUCCAGGUGUAGAAAUCAAGUUGGUGGAAGGCCGGGAAGCAAUACACAACAAUUGAGAAAGCGAAUCUAGGUAUCCGAUCUAAUUAGCAUAAGCUUAGCAAUAGUGCCCACUGCCCCUCUCACGGAUUUGGGAAACUCUUUAACGCCUACUAGUAUCACUGAAAGAUGUUGCCCUGCUACCAAUGAACAUAAUACUCUUAACAUCCACAGCAUUCGAGUACCUUUAGCAACAAAGCUGUUUUGAGAUGUUCCGGAGGUUCUGUGGCUGAGAUCCAUGGGAAGGAAGAACGGGGACGCCUGAGUUCAGAUCCCACUGACGCCACAAACGUAUAUGGACCACAUGAACAGGCAUCUCAUUUUUGACGUACUUCUGUAUGCUCAUUUGUAAAAUGGCUAAAAAGAAACAUCUACCUCACAGAUACUGUGAGAGCAAAUGACAUUUGCUAAAUAAACAUAUUGAGAUCUUUAGUUUAAAAGGUGCUAUGUAAUGCCAUGUAUCACGCAUUGUGCUAAAUGCUAAAGUGAUUACAGUGAUUGUAAAGACGGUCAUCCGCUAUGGUAACAUCAUCCUGAUAUAACAAUUUACCAAAAUAAAGAUUGACUGUGAAAUAUCAGUGUACCUAAUUCUUCCAAGACUUUCGAUGUUUCCUUGCCUCUAAGUUAGUUGACUGGGGAAGCUUCGAUUUCUCUGCCAUGUUUCCGGUUUUGGUGACAAAUGUGUCACCUCAGUGUGUUGCCUUGGUAUCCCAGGAUGUUUAAAGCAAGAGCAUCUGCUUUGCUUUGGGGAGGAGCUUUGCAUAUGCUUUGCAAAAUGCAUCCUGACAACUUAAAUUUUAGGAAUUGAACAUUUGCCCUGAAUUCUUAAAAAUCUUUAGGACAAGUAGAGCUAAUCUCCAUCAGAAGUUAGAUAAGCCCUCAGCAAACCUCCCUGUUGUACAUGUACCAUUCCAUAGGGAACUCAUUGUUGUCAUGCAAGGAAAGCCCCACAGCUGAAGGAGUUGUUUCCUUUAUCUAUUUCAUUUGUGUAAUGACCUCUGGAGUACCCCCCUAGAAGCGGAUAGCAAUAGGGAGACAAAGAAAUAAAAUGGAAUCCCACAAUCAUAUAACCUCUUGCUAGGAAACACUAGAUCUCUCAUUAGCCCUAAAUUACUAAAUGAUACAGGACUUCCCAGCCUUUAAAAUUAUGAUUUCUAUUAUUAUUAUUAUUAUUAUUAUUAUUAUUAUUAUUAUUAUUGAGUAGUGUCAAACGGCUUGGGAAGAGAUGAAGCAGGACAAGGUGAGCUGCUCUCUCACCAUCCGGCCUCAGCUGCUGUGAGCUCCAGUCGCUGGGAAAGUCUCCUCAUGCCCUCAUGCCCUCAUGCCUCAUUUGCCUCCCACUUGCACAGUUGAACACAGUCUCUGUCUCCCACAAUGGCCUUGCAUCUGCCCCAUGCUCAGCCAAGCCACUUCUCAUGCCAAGAAUCUCACAUUACAAUAGCCGUGUAUGUACAUCUAUGAACUGCUUUAUAUGUAUGUGUGGAAUAUGCAUAGAGCCCUAAUCUUGAAAAGGAGAAAAAAGAAAAAAACAGAAAAUCAUAUGUCUUAAAGGACUGUUUCUUAACCUUUUUAUGCUACACAGUGCCCGUAUGACAAACAUGUAAAUAGACACCGAAGAUUACAUGUACAUAUUUUAAAAGUGAUUUUUUUUGUCACCUCAAUUGUAUGUACAGCUAAAAUCUGCUUGACAUGUAACAUUUUCCUCUGCAUGGAACUUGAUGAGGCAAGGCCAUUUGUCCAGUAUUUCAAUAGCCUUAAGCAUGUUCGCUCUUUGUUUUUCUGGAUGUUCAAAAAAAAAAAAUGUUUAACUUGUCAAGGAAAAAGCUCUAAUUGUUCUUACUUCUGUUAAUUCUAUGACAAGAAACUGGUCAAAUUAUUGUUGUGGUUUUUAUUAAGCCAUUCCUACCAUUUCCUUAAGAAAAAAAAAUUCACAAUGAUGCCAGUGCUUUGGGGCUGGGGGUGUGACUGAGCGGUAAAGCACUCCCCUAGCAUGCAAAGGGCUCUGGGUUCAGUCCUCAGCGCUGCAAUAAUAUUGUACCAGAAGUCAUUCAAAUAAUUUUUCUAAACACUGUCUGAUUCCCCAUUAUUUCUCUAUUAUGUACUAGAUAACAUCAGUAUGUACAAUCUUGAAAGUGUCUUAGUGUAUUGCUUUGAGGAAAAAUGCUUUCUCUUUGGUGCGUCAUUUAUGUGGCUUUGUGUCCUCUUGGAGCAGUUUCAAUAUACAACAACGUACUUUUAAAUAACCAGAUUCAAAAACAUGAAGAGCGUUUUUUAUUUGAAUUGAAUACGGAAGAACAAAACCCCUUCUGUGAUAAGUUACGGAGGGGAAACAAACUCUUUACAGAGAAGUCAAGGAAGGAGUUUUUCAAUCAAAUUUCUUCUAACAAAAGACAAUGGAAUAUUUAUGUACAGUGUGUGGAAUUCAUUUUCUACCUUUCCUAAUAUGUGGCUUCAAUGCGGGAAAUUGAUUGUAUCAUUUCUGUAAAGGUGAAAAUACUUUUUAUAAGCAAGAAGUAACUUGUGAAUGAAAGGAGCAAUUCAUUAGAAACGCUUGAUGAUAAUUGACAUUUAGGUAUAUUGUUAUAUAUGAAUGACUGUAUUUAUGUAUUUAUUUGUUCAAAAUUGUACAUACGGUUUUGCCAAAAGUAACUGUGUGUUAAAGUGCACUCUCUGGGUUUGUAUUUAGGGUUACAUGGGUUGCCAAUCAAGCUGCUAAUCAGAAUACUAUUUUUUUGUAUCAGUGUUACAACAUGUGACAAAUAGAUAACGCUGUCUUUUUGUUCAUUUUCUUUACCCUCCUCUUGAAAUGUAAACUGUCGAUUGAAAGCACGCUGCUGGUGUACAGGCCCAUCUGUCUAGGGGAAGAUCAUGGUUUCAUAAAGCUGAUUUUUUAAACUCCUGGGACAAAUAAACAAAAGAAGAACUGG